UCGCCGGUCGCGGCGUUUUUCCGAAACGAAUACGAGCAAAUACACGAGAUAAGUACACGUGGUGAUGAAUGCGUCCAUUUGUCUGUCGUACGCGCGGUGACGCCGAUGCCGCGUAGUUCCUUAAAUUCGUAGAUGAACCAGAGGAUGCUGAUAUGCAGUCGAGAAAUUGUCUUCAGUUAACAUUGGCGAUACUCAAGCCGCACGUCGUCAAAGCUCCGUUUGCUCUUCAGAAGAUUCGCGAUUUAAUAAUCGACAAUAAUUUCAAAGUUGUCAGAUCGCGCAGGGCGACGAUAUCACGCGAGGAGGCCGAACUGUUUUACAAGGAGCACAGGAACAAGUUCUUCUACAACCGUCUCUUGACUUUCAUGUGCAGCGGUCCAUCCGACGUUCACAUUCUGACCCGUCACAAUGCUGUCGCUAAGUGGCGACAGCUGAUGGGCCCCACCAAGGUCUAUCAAGCGCAAUACAAUGCACAGGAUACUAUCAGAGGAAUGUUUGGCCUGUCGGAUACUAGAAAUGCCACUCACGGAUCUGAUUCGACAGAAUCCGCAGAAAGGGAGAUAAUGAUAUUUUUUAAAGACUUUAAUAUAAAAAAGUGGUACAACAAUGAAGAGGUGUUUUAUAACUUGGGAAGAUUGCAUUUCGAUCCAACGUCCUUUGUGCACACCAUUGACAGGACUUACGUACAAAAUGAACGCGUUACAAAAUAAUUAUGUACGAGUUAAUUUAAUUUAUUAAAUAAAAUAUUUAUUAUAUUUUUAAUAGGAGACAAUCCUAUCUACACAAUUGCUAGCCAAAUCCAGACUUGUAUGAAAAUAGUUCACUGUA